CCAAUGGGGGUUCUUAAAUUCUCAGAUACACCGCCUCUCUCUCUUUCUCUUUCUCCAAAAUCACUUUUGGUCCUUUCUCUUUCAGCCAUUGCUUUUCAGCCUCUCCCUCACUCUCACACAGACCUCCAUGGUUCUUCUAUGGCCAUGGUCGUCAACUUAACAUCUCCCUAAUUCCUCCUCCUCCAACAACCCGCCUCCCUUUCAAACUCCAUCUCUGCCUCUCUGUAAAUUAUUCAAUUUAAUGGGCCCUUUCGACUCUGCCGCCUCUUCCGGCGCCAGCAGCAGCAGUAGCAGCGGCAGCUCCUCUUCCAUCGUCACCAAACCCCAAGACAUCGAUGGCCACCUCGCCGGCGCUGGCUACAAGGUCCGCUCCUCCGACCUCCACCACGUCGCUCAACGCCUCGAGCGCCUGGAAUCCGCCAUGGUUAACUCUUCCUCCGAGAUCUCUCAACUUGCCUCCGAUGCCGUCCAUUACAACCCUUCCGACAUCGCCUCUUGGGUUGAUUCAAUUCUCUCCGAGUUGAACCCAACGGCUUCUUUACCCUCCGAUCUACCCGAUUUCCCCGAUCUCUUUUCUGUUUCUAAUCAGACGGCUGGAAAUGUCUCAUGGACAGAUCCACGUGUUGCUGCGCAACACCAGAACCUUGCCCAGCAUCAGCUAACCGUCGUGACCGCCAUGGAGGAAGAUUCCGGUAUAAAACUCGUCCACAUGCUGGUCACGUGUGCCGAUUCAAUCCACCGUGGCGAUUUCCCAUUGGCGGGUUCUCUGAUUGUCGAAAUGCAAAGUUUGCUCUCUGGCAUCAACACCGAAUGCGGCAUCGGGAAAGUCGCAGGUUACUUUAUUGACGCGCUGACCCGGCGCGUGUUCACACCGCAUGAUACCACCACUGCCACCACCGGCUAUGAAGACGUGCUUCUUUAUCACCAUUAUUACGAAGCUUGCCCUUACCUUAAAUUCGCCCAUUUUACCGCUAACCAAGCCAUUUUGGAAGCCUUCGACGGUCACGAUUGCGUCCACGUCAUCGAUUUCAAUCUAAUGCACGGUCUUCAAUGGCCGGCAUUAAUCCAAGCCCUCGCUCUCCGUCCCGGCGGCCCUCCUCUUCUCCGUUUAACCGGCAUUGGCCCACCCUCUCCCGAUGGCCGUGACUCGCUCCGAGAAAUUGGAUUACGACUCGCUGAGUUGGCCCGGUCGGUGAACGUCCGGUUCGCUUUUCGCGGCGUGGCGGCGGCGAGGCUGGAAGAUGUGAAACCGUGGAUGCUUCAGGUGAGUCCGAAGGAGACGGUGGCUGUAAACUCGAUUAUGCAGCUCCACCGAUUACUGGGAAACAACCCGUCUUCCUCCGCCAUGGAAAUGGUUCUCGGGUGGAUCCGGAGUUUGAACCCGAAAAUCAUGACGGUGGUUGAACAAGAAGCGGACCAUAACCAGACCGGAUUCUUGGAGCGGUUCACGGAGGCACUGUUUUACUAUUCCACCAUGUUUGAUUCGCUUGAAGCUUGCUGUAGGAUGCCGGAGAAGGCUUUGGCAGAGAUGUAUCUACAGAGGGAAAUUUGCAAUGUGGUGAGCUGUGAAGGAUCGGCUCGAGUCGAGCGCCACGAGCCACUCGUGAAGUGGAGAUCUCGGCUCCGCCAAGCCGGUUUUAGAGCCCUCCAUUUAGGAUCCAACGCUUUCAAGCAAGCCAGUAUGCUUCUAACGCUCUUCUCCGCCGAAGGAUUCUCCAUCGAGGAGAACGAAGGGUGUUUAACCCUGGGCUGGCAUAGCCGCCCUCUUAUCGCGGCUUCGGCUUGGCAAGCCGCGCCGCCACCAGAUUCAAAUGCAAAUCAUCCCUUUGGAGGAAUAGUAUGAAAAUUACAAUAAUAAUAAUUAUCACAAAUAAGUACCAUGUAAAAUUCUUUUUUUAUUAUAAAUUUUUUUCUUUUUUAUUUUCAUCGAACCCCAAAAGAAAAAAAAAAAUGCUAUUUCCAUCCAUCACAUUGCAUUAAAUUUUAAUAUAAAGAGUCAAUGAUAUCGACCUUCGAUCUAA